AUGUCGAGGAGGAGAUUCGCCAGCUCUUCCACAGUGAUGGACGACGAUGAAGCUCUGGACUUCAAGCCAGCAGAUGGGCAGCAACGGCGGCAGGUUUACAAGAACUUGAAGGCAGUGGCAAUAGCAAUGGCGCUGCCACCUUCAAGGCAUCUUGCCACGAUGCUCACAGAGCCUGCACGUGAAGCGCUGAAAAAAGAACUCAAAGCUGCCAGCAUGAGCAGCAUUGCUGCUUCUGGAGAUGACAUCAGCAGCUAUAAGGAGUCCUCACAGAGCCUGGCUGAUCUAGCAGCAGAGCAACAGAAACCCGCCAAUGCAGAAACACACGCUGCCAAGGCAGCGCAGCAGGCUGACUUGGCAGGGCAGUCUGAUGUGGCAGAUGAGUCAUGCAAGAGUCAGAUAGAGGCAAUUGAGGAGCUGAGGCGCCAGAAUAGGGAGCUGACUGGACGGCUGAGUCAGCGGGAUGAGGAGAUGCGUGCGAUGACUCAGACAACCAACCACCUCUUUGCUGAGAUCAGCGCACUCAGGGCAGCCAGUCAGAAGUGA